AUGUUGUACCUUCAACUCACGCUACUGCUAAUAUUUGCUGUUACCACCAAUGCAUUUCUAUUCCCAAUGAGUGGCGGAGGUGAUGCCAAAUGUUGUUGCUGCCCGCCGCCACUACCACCACCUUCAGCUGGAUGUGGCCCAGCAGGAGGAGGAGGCUAUGCUGUUGCUCCGUCAGUUGGAGCAUAUGCUGCGGCACCGCCACCACCACCACCACCUCCACCAACUGGAUAUGCGGCGCCAGGCGGUGGGUACGCUGCUCCAAUCGGUGGCGGAGGAUACGCUCUAGGCGGUGGCGCACCCAUUAAAGCUGGUGGCGGAAGUUAUGCAGGUGGAGGUGGUGCGUAUGCAGGAGGCGGAGGAGGAGGCGGUGGCGCUUACGCUGGAGGAGGUGGCGCCUAUGCUGGAGGCCCAGGAGGAGGCGGAGGCGCGUAUGCUGGAGGUCCAGGAGGAGGCGGUGGCGCUUAUGCUGGAGGUCCAGGAGGAGGCGGUGGCGCUUAUGCUGGAGGUCCAGGAGGAGGCGGUGGCGCUUAUGCUGGAGGACCAAGAGGAGGCGGAGGCGCGUAUGCUGGAGGUCCAGGAGGAGGCGGAGGCGCUUAUGCUGGAGGUGCAGGAGGAGGCGGUGGCACCUAUGCUGGAGGUGCAGGAGGAGGCGGUCUCGGUUAUGCUGGAGGCGCAGGAGGAGGUGGUUCCGGUUAUGCUGGAGGUGCAGGAGGAGGCGGUCCCGGUUAUGCUGGAGGUAGUGGUGGAGGUGGAGGAGGUGGCAAUUAUAUUGGAGGUGGAGGCGGUGGUGGUUAUAGUGAGGGUGCAGGAGGAGGCGGUGGUUACUCUGAAGGGCAAGGAUCAGUUCCAUUUGCUCCUCAACCACAAAUUCCUCAAGUGCUCACUGUUCAACGUCCCGUGCCACAACCUGCACCUGCGCAACCGUACAGUGAAACAGCCGUCGACUACUCAGGUGGCUCCGGUGCCGGAGGAGAAGCUCUCGUUAAACCAGAAAAUUAUGGCGAAGCCGCAGCAGAAACUGCACCAGUAGGAGGUGGUGGCGGUGGAAACAUUGAGCAAACAGCAGGUGGCGGUGCCGCUGAGGAUUAUGACGGUGCUCAAACGUCACGACGGCGACGUUUUUCGAAGGGAUCACUAGACAGCAGCUGUAACUCUUUACGGCUCCGUAAGAUUAUGCAAGAGAGCAUGACCGAUGAACCACAAUCAUCAAUGGUUCAAGUGUCAGGAGAGGUGAAAUCACGUCUGAAUACUGGUGAAUGGUAUGUGGCAUGCGGUACUGACGGUAUCGAACCACUAGAAAAUGAACAACGUGAACAUUGUCUGGUUGAAGCUGAACUUUUUACGUGUUACGUUGUCAAGAAGGACUGA